UUUGCCAGAAGUAUAGAGCUAGACUCCAUACUGUUUUUAGUGCAAUUUCUGAGUUUUGAAUUUGGAAGAGUCCAUUUAAAAUUAAAGGGAUUUCAGUAUCAAAAUUUGAUAAUUGAGCAUUCCAAUGUGUAUCUGUACUGGUAGAUAUUGUUUGUCUUUCAACUGGAUAAAAUACUGAAUUGUUACUGAAAUUGUGCCAUUGGAUUGUGAGUUUAAAACGCAACAUAUUUUCUCCGUGUGUAAAAGAUGUUUUUUUUACAUUUCAAAAAAGACUGUAUAGUACUUAGUAAUUUACAGUUGUAUUUUUUUUCAUAUAUCAAAUUUGAGCAUGAUGAAUCUCUACUUUGAUUCAAAAGACUAAAGGGUUAAAUUGGUGAUUAUGCGUUUAGUUUCUAAAAGUAAUUCAUAAACACUUUUCAAAACUUUAAACAGAAAAUCGACAACUUUAAUGAAAUCUAACUAGAUUUUAUUUGUCAAGUGAUGUGUUGAAGUUAUUGAUGUGAAACAAAAUGAUUACUUAGAAGUUGAAAAUGUAAAAUGAACGGAUAAUAAAUAUUCAUAAUGAAUAUUGGAUACACCUAGUGUUUAUAAAUAACAAAAUAGAGUGGAACUAUGAGAAAAUAAACAUCAAAUACAUACACACGAGUUUUUGCCAAGUAGAUUUUAAACUGCAAAUUUGAUACCAGCAAGCGUUGAUUCAUGAUUAUGCGAAAAUGUGUCAAGGUUAUGAACUACAUCAAUAGUACCAGGUUACUGACUCCGUAGCAAUAUAUGCCUUCAUCAGCAUAAACCAUGUAAACUACCGGGGCAUAAAUUAUUGUAUGUACAUUCAAACUAGGUUGCGAUUUUAUAAAGUAAAUUAUUAGUAAAAAUAAAAAUCAAAUUACAUUGUUGGUGGAUUGUUUUGAGUUAAUCUUAAUAGAAAUGUCGCGUGUAAGGAUCUGUUUGAUAGGCGCUGGUCCUUCUGGACUUUCUACCCUGUAUCACUUUGCCGACAUGGAGGAUAUGCCGGAAGUGGUUUGUUAUGAGAAACAAAAAACAUGGUUGGGAUUAUGGAACGUGUCGUGGAAAACAGGGUUAGACGAAAACGGAGAACCUGUUCAUACAAGUAUGUACAAAUACAUGUGGGCGAACGGUCCAAAAGAAAUGCACGAGUUUCACGACUAUCCUUUCGAUGUACAUUAUAAAAAGCCUACGCCAUCUUUUCCCUCCUUACUCGUCUUUAGAGAUUAUCUUGAAGGACGUUUCACAAAUUCAGUUCCACGUGGACGCAAUCUGAAAGACUAUAUACAAUUCAACACAGCCGUCCGCUUUGUGAAAUACAUAGAUGAAAAAGAAGAGUUUAUUGUCACAAUAAAUGACUACAAUACAGGAAAGACACGGGAAGAAACAUUCACGCAUGUCAUCGUUGCAACGGGCAUUUUCAGCUUUCCAAAUCUACCAGAAUUCCCUGGAAUGAAUGAUUUUACGGGUCCGAUAAUUCAUUCUCACGACUUCCGCGAUGGUAGAAUUUUUACCGGCAAAAGGGUACUGAUCAUUGGGGCGGGAUAUACCGGGGAGGAUUUAGUUCUGCAAUGCCUAAAAUUUGGCUCUAAACACGUGAUUCUCGCCUACAGGACGAGACCAAAAAGCGCCACCUGUAUAAUGCCUGAAAAUGUUGAAGAACGACCAAAUGUAGAACGGUUUGAUUCCACCAAGGCUUACUUCAAGGACGGUUCGUCUGCUGAAAUUGAUUGCGUUAUUUUAUCAACAGGGUACAGAAAUUACUUCCCCUUCUUAGAAGACAGAUUCAGGAUCGAUGAAAAAACAAAUUUCUAUCCAGAGGGGCUGUACAAGGGUACUUUGUUUUACAAAGAAGGAAACAACCGCUUGUUUUAUAUAGGAGCUCUCAGCCAGAUUUAUACGUUCAUAUAUUUUGAGGUCCUGGCCAAAUGGACUUGCAAAUAUAUCAUGGGGCAGUUGCCAGAUGAACCAAAGAAACUCAAAGAAAUGGAGGCAGAUUCACAAAUCUGGCUAAAACGAAUCAACGCUUGCAGAUCAGAACUUGACGUCGUACGGUUUCAGACGGCAUUAAUAAGUCAUCUUGCAGCGUUGUCGGGAUAUCACAACGAUAUUUCCAAAAGAGGGGAGAUGUUGGAGGAUUUUUUAAAAGAUAGAGAAACUGGUUUAGGUCUUGCAAAUUAUAGGGACAGAUGUUACACUAGUAUCUGCAAUGGUUCUGUCGGUCUUAAGCAAGCUGCAUUUAUGAAAAACUUUGAUGAAAGUGUUGAAGCGUUUGUUAAGAGCAAAUAAGAUUUGGAAGGUAGUUUUGACAUUGUGAAUGAUUAAAGUUUAAAAUUCAUGUAUAGUCAAUGAACAAAAGACGAUACUUGCAUGUUGUUUUUUAAGAAAAAAAUGUUGGAAUUCCGCUUUACACUUUUCUUCCAAAUAUAGUGCAUGGAAGUCAUAGGGCUAACAAUUUGUUCUAUAUAUCAUUGUAUCUUAUGUAUUUUAUAUCAAAAGAUAGAAUAUUAAACAGAUUUAAACUAUAAGUCUCAUAUUGCUGUAGAAAACAUAAUAUUUUACCAGACAAAACGGACUAGUUGCUUUUAUAAAGUUCUUUUAAGUUCGUUAUUCAGUGAAAAAUGUGAACCAUUGAUUUCUCUUCGCUAAGUAUAUAAUAUAAUAGUAUAUAAUAAGCAUUAGAGAGCGACGUAAUAACAUGGCGACUUAAUACGAGCAAAAAGGAAAUAAAUAAAUAACAUAAGGUGUAAAACU